AUGCCGCGCUCCUUCCUGGUGAAGACGCACCUCGGCCACCGAGCCCCCGACUACGGGCGGCUGGAGACGCGGAGAGAAGCCAGCGGUGCCCGCUCCGCGUGCGGGAGGCCGGCGGCGCCCGUCCCCGCCCCCCACGGGGAGGCGCCCUCCGCGCCCGGCCGCCCUCCCGCCACCGCCGCCGUCGCCCGCCUCUCCCCGCCCCUCCCGCGCCGCCAGGAGGCCCCGGGGGCGUCGGGGCCGGAACCCGCGGACGCCAGCCGGACGGGCCCCCGGGCGGGCGGCACCCCGAGCCUGCCCCUCAGACCCAGCCUGAACCACCUCAACCUGCCCCCGCCGCCCCCGCCGCCCCCGCGGUGGCCCCCGGCCCUGGGUCCCGGCGGGGACGCGGCCCCCGACAAACACCGGGGCGGGGAGGGGACGCCUCGCGUCCCCGGGGGCUGCGGGUGCGUCCACUGCCACGGGCCCCACCGCCCGCCGUCCGGCCUCGCCCAGCCCCCGCGGCUGCACCGCCCCCCGCCGGCCGGGCGCACCUUCACCUGCAGGCACUGCGCCAAGGUGUACGCCAGCCUGGGCGCCCUCAAGAUGCACAUCCGCACCCACACGCUGCCCUGCAUCUGCGGCGUCUGCGGCAAGGCCUUCUCCCGGCCCUGGCUGCUGCAGGGCCACGCGCGCACCCACACAGGCGAGAAGCCCUACGCCUGCCCCCACUGCAGCACGUUUGCCGACCGCUCCAACCUGCGAGCUCACCUGCAGACCCACUCGGGCACCAAGAAGUACCAGUGCAAGGGCUGCUCCAAGACCUUCUCUCGCAUGUCCCUCCUGGCCCGGCACGAGGAAGCCAGCUGCUGCCCCGGCCCCUGA